AUGGCCUCCGCAGCUUUGCUCCCACGCCUCUUGUUGCUAACCCUCGUCAUGUCGCUUGUUGCCGUCGCGGCGGGCGGCGACAACUCCACGGCCGCCUCCAAGUUCGCGCCGUCCAUGGCCGGCGUCGCGGCCAGCACGUCCUACGAGGACCCGUCUCUCCCGUCCACUGUCCGCUACACCUACUCCUUCCCCACGCGCCCCAGCCCUGGGCGCGUGUUCCUCCGCCUCUUCUUCUACCCGGCCGCCUACGGCGACCGCGGCGCUGGCGAAGCCUUCUUCGGCGUCAUGGCGGGCGGCGUCACGCUCCUGCACGACUUCAACGCGUCCCAGACCACGCUCGCGCUCGACCAAGCCUACCUGGUGCCCGAGUUCUCCCUGAACGUCAGCGGCAGCAUCGACGUCACCUUCGCCCCAUCCUCAUCCUCCGCCGGCUCCUCCAACGGCUACUACGCGUUCGUGAACGGCAUCGAGAUCGUGCCCAUGCUGGGCGACAUGGUCACGAAGCCCGUGCCGACGUUCGCCAAUGGCGGGCUCCCGGACCCCAUGCCGAUCCGCACCGACACGGCCUUCCAGACCAUGUACCGGUUCAACGUCGGUGUCACGGACGUGUCCCCAGGCGACGACUCUACGCUCCUUUACCGUUCGUGGGACGAUGACUCUGUUGGUUUUGGAACACGCAAAUCGCAGGCCUGUAUGCAAAUUGGCUAG